AUGUUUAAUGGCGCCACCGAUGCAGGUGCAGAUGAUGCUGUGUUAAUGGAUUCCUGGGAUGCUGAUGAACAAUUGAUGGAAUCUUGGGAUGCUGAAGAAAAACCAGUUGGAACCAAGCCAAUUCCUGCUGCAAAGAAAGCUCCUGCUAAAGCCACUACCAAUAAGAAGAAAACCGAUAAGAAAGCUUCCAAUGAUAAAGUUUUGAUGGAAAUUGAUACUUUGGAUGAAAAGACUCGUAAAGAAUUAUUAAAGAAAGCAGAAUUGGAAUCUGAUUUAAACAAUGCAGCUGAUUUAUUUGCCGGGUUAGGUGUUGCUGAAGAACAUCCAAAGGCCAAAUUAUUGAGAAGAGAACAAGAAGAAUCUCUUUUGAUGCAAAGAGCCUCAUUAACUAAGGAUACACCAAUUGAAAACCAUCCAUUGUUCGUUCAAGCUGAAACUAAAACUGAUUAUCAAGAAUUGAGAAAGGCUCUUGGUGUUGCUGUCACAUCUAUGAAUGAAAAAUCUUCAUUAAAUUAUACAUCCUCAUUAGCCAUUGAUUUGAUUAGAGAUGUAGCUAAACCAUUAUCUAUUGAAUCUAUUAGACAAACUGUGGCUACUUUAAAUGCAUUGAUUAAAGAGAAGGAAAGACAAGAAAGACAAUCUCGUCUAGCCAGAGUUAAAGGUGGUACUGCCACUGGUGGUGCUGGUAAGAAGAAGACCAAGACUAAAGUCAAUUUGGGUGGUGCCUUUAAGAAGAAUGAAGAUCUUGAUAUGAGCAACAUGGAUGAUUUCGACUUUGGCGAUGAUGAUUUUAUGUAA